UUCACACCCAUUUCACUGAGCGCGUAAAAGGCUGAGAGACUGGAUCACAGCUGAAGCCAUCACCGUUACGCGUGAAUUGAAAUCUAGCCCGUACAAUAUGAAGGUAUCCUUUGGCUCUGUGGUGAUCAUGGCCGGCAUCUGUGGUAUUCUGAGCUUCGCUUUUUUGGCGACUGCUCUCGGAACCACGCACUGGUACAUCAUAGAGAUGAAAUCUAAGAACAUGAGCUCCCACUCGGGACUGUGGAUUACCAUCGAAGGUGGGAAGAUGUGGGAAGACUCUGCUGACUUUUUCAAAGCGAACUACUCCAGGCACUCCACGACUGAGCUGCAGCUGCAGAAAAUGCAUGGUGCAAUAGUGGUGGUGCUCCCCCUCAGCCUGGUCCUUCUGCUGUUUGGUGGCAUCUGUGGGUUGGUCAGCUCCCUGGCUCGGAGCCCUGUCCUCCUCACCAGAACGGCCUCCUACUUCUUCAUCUGCAGUCUGCUGACCCUGUGUGCUGUCAUCCUCUACAUCAUCUAUUCAUACGAGGCCCUGGCAGAGGCAGAGAGGCGAGUGGAACCUGAAGUCCUGGCCGACGUUCACAUCUCCUUCGGCUGGUCUUUGGGUAUGGUCUGGCUCUCCUACGGCCUGGAGCUCCUCACUGGGGUGCUGCUGCUCACAGCUGCACGAAUGGCCAAGCUGCAGCACAGCAGCCCCACCAUGGCUUGACACAAGCCUUCACAGUGGAUCCAACACACUGAGGACUGAACUGCGUAUGAACGUGGGAGAAAGAACAGUCAGGUAUGUUGCUGCCAUGUGGUUCUGCCUUAGAACAAAGUAACACACAACAGCUGGACAAUUUUAAGGCUUUGAAAUAUACAGAGGUUGAAUUUAAGAGGAUUUGGACUGUUUUUACAUAGUGCCUUAUAGGUUUAAUGUCCUUAAAUCUGCUUCAAACCAGAGAAUGACAUCCUGGUGAUUUACAUUAAUUGAGGUGUUGAUAUGAGCUAAAUUUAACCAAUGACGCCCUCUUGUGGAGAGAACUGAAGUGGCUCUUUGUGUCCACUGUCCAUAACCAUGCUGCUUGUCAUACUGUAGUAAUUUAACGUGUGCCAAACUAAUCGGACAAGCUCACAAUUUAAGACCAUUUCAUGUUACAGUGAAAAUAUAGAUAUAUAGAUAGAGUUUUCUUCUCACAGUAUUUCACACGCACACUGACUGUAUUUUUAAUCAUGCAGAUUAAUUUGAUGUAAGGAGUAUUUGUUUGUUUUGAAUGUUUUACAGUUUAAAGUUAAACCUAAAUGUGUUGUAUAUAUCAUUGUGCCACGUUAGUUGCAUGUGUUUCUAUUGAAAAUGCGUAGUAAAUGUUGGUUCCAUGUGGUGGCAUCUUAAAAAUGUUACGCUACUGCAGCAAAUUACUUGUCUUUAUUUAGAGGCCAUUGCUCUUGCUCUGGGUUUGCUACAUGACUGUGUUUGUAUUUGCUGGUUAACCAGUUAUAUCUGUUUUAUUAGAAGGUCGGUGGCUUUGCUGUUCAUGAGCUAUGAUACGAUAAAAUGUGAUGAGGCCUGAGCUAAGGUCUUCAAAUUCAGUGAUCCUUUACUUAAAAAAAUUUUUUUUUUUUAAAGUUGUUAAGUGUUUUGCACUAGUGGAACCGAAUUUUUUUUUUUAGUUGAGAGUUGAGAGAAGCAGCUCAUUGCUUUGUGGUAGCAGAAAUAUCUCCUCCUUUGUUGCUUUGUUGCCAUGAAAACUGAAAAAUGUGCAAAAAAAAAAAGAAGGACAAAGUAGAUACACUUACAACAUAUUUUCAAGGCUUGAAAUAGCAGCUGUUGUGACAGGGACAUUUGGUUCAGAGGUCAAAGGCGAUUUGGAUACUUGACUUUUGGCUGCAGUAGUGGGCAGAGUGGGACGUGAGCUCAAACACAAGGCUGGAUCCCUGCUGCUGUUGUCCACA